AUGGGCGAAGUAUUCAACUUCUGGAGCGUCCGUCUAUAUCGCAAACUUGAGUGGCCGGACCCUCACGGCCUUUGCACAAAUGACCAUUUCCAACCCCUGUUCCCCAGAGGGGGCUUGAUCUUACUCGCCGAGGACAUCUUCCAAGAUCUGAAAAAAACCACUAUUCUCAUAUACUGGUUUCUCCAUUUUCCCCAAAGAAAGGAUUGGAAGCUUGUCCUUCCCCCAGACGCCUGGAAACGCCUGCAAGGACAACUUCAGCAGGCAAAAGACGACGAGGAAACCAAGUUUUUGUUAUCCAUUAUCGUCUCAAUCAAGAAAAUCAAUUCGAUUGACGAGAGAUAUCCCUACUUUCAGGAAAACAGCCUACGCCCCAGCGAGAUGCAUGAACCGAACAGCAACAUUGUUUCUCUUCCCAUAGCGGGUUAUGGUUCCCGCUCCGAGGAUGACUACCCGGCGAUCCCGAAGGGCCUUUCGCAACAAGAGCGAGAUAUGGAUCAUCUAGCCGAAGCGUUUGCAGGUUGGACGCUAACAAAAUCAGCUUGCUUUCGGCGAAUGAUCAUUCUUUCAUCUGUGCAAUCACCACCUCUACGAGAGCGCUGGCGAAGUUGGGGCCAUAUCAUUCUUUUGGAGUCUGAUGAUUUCUUCACAAAAUUCAAAGUUCGCGAGCAUGUGAUCAUGGAAAGCCUUCUUAAAGAAAGACGAUUAAGCCAAACCGCAAAUUCCCCUGCAGAGACGACCCCAGGUACCCCAGCAACCCCAGCGGAUCCUCCAGUCGAUGCCGAUCCAAGCGACUCCUGGAAGCGGCCCUCCGAAAUUCGUCAAUCCGGCUCAUACAGAUGA